GCGCCGUGAAUGCCGUCCAGGUUCGGGGUUUCCCCAGAAACUGGAGGAAAGUUGGUUAUCUUCUGGGUCACAGUUUGUUAUAGUUUCUUUUUUAUUCUUUUGAAAGGAAUAAGGAUGAAGUCGUCUAUCCCUCGGCUAUUCACGGCGAGAGCGACAUUUCUUUAUCCGUCUCUCUGUGCGUCUGCCGGCGGGUCUGCUCUUCGUCGAGCAUUAAUGGCGCGGGAUAUCCGCGAACGUUUCGUUCUCCUUCGCGCGCGCAUUUGGGAAACGUUUCCUGUUUUCCAGUCUCUUGCAACUUGUCGUUCAAAUCAGCGAGCGAUCAUUUCAGCCUCUGCUAUAUCGUCAGUACCGGCGUUGUUUGAACGUCAGUUUGAAUAGGCUCUCUUCCAUAUCCGAGGUGUAUGAAAACGUCCAUUUGUGACGUGGACUUUUGCAAGUUCCCGAUUUUUUUCUCCAAAAUUGCCAUUGUGCUUUGGAGUCUUGUGACGUCACUCUUGUUCCACCUCUCAGCAUGGACGCUGAAAAUGGCACGCUUCGCGAAUAGGGAGAGCUUUCCCCUGAAAUAUGUUACUCGCAAUUUCAAAAUUUUUCAAUUUCUCUACAAAUGAAUAUCUCGACUUUGAACACUCUUAAAUCCUCGCACUUUUUCCACGUGUCUGUCACAGAGACACAGAGAGAGAGAGAGAGAGAGAGAGAGAGAGAGAGAGAGAGAGAGAGAAGCGUAGUGUUUGGGCGAGUUGGACGAAAUCUAUCUCUGCAUGUACUGACUUGGUCGUAUUGUUGGAAUUAUUACCUAUUCGGUUGAUUUGUCUUUCCUUGAGUUGGCUGUUUUGUGUCGUGAUGAAGAGAAAUCGCCGGAGAGUGGUCCGUUGAUUUGACCUCCCUUGAGUUGGCUGUUUUCUGUCAUGAUCAAGAGGAAUUGCCGGAGAGUGGAGAUGAGGAUGGAAGGUGCAGAGAGGAGGGGUGAGAGGAUGGGAGGGUGCGCGUGGGAUUGCUAUAGCAUCAACGGUGGUUGUUGCUCCGUUACUCAUCAACUGUCGUAUAUAAGGGAGCAGCUACCACACUCACUCAGGGAUGGGUUUCCGGUAAAAAUGCUUUUGACUUGUUUCGUCCGAUGUCCAUUGGCGGUAUUUUCUCCGACGUGGCUGGUGAGGUGGUUAAAAGCUAAAUGUUUCUGUGCAAGUUCGUUUCUGUCGUUGCGUCAGGUUGUUGUGUCGCUCGUCGUUACGUCUUCGUGUCUCUCUUCGUAUUUUGUUUGAUCGCACGCGGAUGUGUUGUAUCCGUCGUUGCGUCAGGUUGUUGUUUGUCGGUCGAACCCGAAAACAAACACGAAAUUACGUAUUGCUGGUUUGUUUUUUUUUGUUUUUUUUUUUAUUUUUUUUGCAGGUUUGGUUUUUUGUCUUUUCAGCAGCAGUUUUUGUAAUCAUCCACUAAUAAGCGGUCUACGAACGAAUAGCGUUGUUAGCGUUUUGGAAAUCUGAAAUUGUUGAUUGGUUCGUUAUCAUGUCAACCGUUUCUCUGUUGAAUUCCCUCUCCCUUUCCUGCUCCCUUUCCUUCUUCCCGGUUUGCGAAGGUCGAAGCUCAUGUCUGGGACGUAUCAUAUCGUUGCUCUGAUUUGUUCGCGCGAAACCUGGUGGUCUUAGUUGCUGUUGAUUUUCUGUGUGGCCGUUCGAUAUCUCUUUGAUUGGCUUAAGAAGUGCCAGUGUGGGCACCGCGUAUUCGAUGAUACUCACAUCUGGGCCGUAUGUCUCGGAGGCUACCUUAGAGGGCAACGUUUCUUACGUGUGCUCUUACGAACGAGGUUCGGCUUUCCCUUGUCCUUGUACGAAUCACGUGCGGUUGGGACGGAUCAAUAGGGGCAGUGUUGACCUCUGAGAAGCUAUCGCCUUGCUAACCGCUUUUCGAUGGUAGUAUGUCUGCUGGUACGUAUGAUUGUUUGUGUUGUUUUAAGCGACCAGAGAACUUUCGACGGCGCUGAUUACUCUUUGACACAGAGCGAGAGUACUUGUAACCGUUUGGAGAGGGCUUUCGAAGGCGCGGAUUAUUCUUAUAUUACUGUAUAAGACUCAUGUUUUUUGCAUGUGUCUCUGUGUGUGUGUGUGUGUGUGAGAGAGAGAGAGAGAGAAAGAGAUAGAGAGAGAGUGCGUGUCUCUGUCUGUGUGUGUGUGCGUUUGUGUGUGUGAGAGAGAGAGAGAGGGAGAGGCAAUUCCCCUUUGGUGCAGUAUAUCGAACCUUUGCGCAAGUGUUUAGACGGCUGAAACGAUGGGCUGUUUGAGAGUAAUACUAAAUCAUAGGGCUUCAUGUUUGUAUUUUUGAUUCAUCGUUAUUGUUUCAAUGUA